AUGCGGUUUCAAUCUUUUGUCUCCGUGGCUCUGUCCGGGAUCCCACUCGUUGCCCAGGCUCUCUCAAAGCGUGACAGUUCGUUCGAGCUUGUCGAUGGCCCUUUCUUCACUUUCCACUAUAAAACUGAUCAGCCAUCGGAGAAAAACUGGAUCGGCAUUUAUAGCAUCUAUGGUGAGGGCCCUGGCAAAGAGGACUCACUAUAUUGGGACUGGACGAGUGAGUCAGAAGGGACUAAACGUGUCGACGAUGCCCACCUCAACUGGGGCGCCUAUAAAGCCUACUUUCUCGCCAACAAUGGCUAUGAGCUGCUUGCCGAUCCUAUUGACAUCUUCCUCUCCGGAGAUGGGCCCAUUUCCUUCAAUCUUAAAAAAUUCACCACAAAGAAUGCUCGUGAGGGCAAGAAGUUCGAAGCCCGCGUGAACGGCCUUUUACACCACGCCCCGGACCCCAAUACCAAGUACAGCAAGGACAGCUCUGAUGUCGACUGGGUCCGUGUAUCCGAGGAUGGUAUCAUCUCUGGAAUCCCCAGCGGGAUUGGCAGUUCUCAUCUCACUGUAAGGGCUACUGCUUCUGACAAAUCUACUGCCACCAUCGACAUUAUUGUUCCAGUAGUUGCGUCUAGCAAGCCCCUCGUCACUGAGCUCAAGGUCCUGUCCAUGAAUCUUUGGCACGGAGGCACUCAGGUCGACGACUACAACCGUAAGCAGAUCGCAGCCAUUGCCAACUCUGGUGCCGAUAUUGUCGGUCUCCAGGAAACCACCUACGGCCAUGCAACUCAGAUUGCAGAUGCUCUCGGUUGGCAGUCGUGGCAGGGCCAGGAUGUCAGCAUUAUCAGCCGUUAUCCUAUUUCUCACAAGUACGGCGCACUCACUGACACCAGCGGUGCUGUCCGCGUUGCUCUUGACGGUGACGAUAGCCAGGUUGUCAUCCACAACUGCCACCCUAUCGCUUAUCCAUACGGACCUUAUGACCCUUGCUUCGACGGCAAGGAUGCCGAUGCGAUACUGGCCACCGAGAAGAAGUCCGGCCGAGCGGACCAAAUUCAAAACAUUAUCAAUGCUAUGAAGGAUGACAUCGACAAUGCUGACCAAAUCCCCGUGCUUCUCACCGGCGACUUCAACGCCCCCUCUCACCUCGACUGGACUGAAGAGACGAAGCAGUCUCACUGCGGUAUUGGGCAGUUCGACUGGCCUACCUCUAAGGUGCCUAUCGAUGCUGGCUUGACCGAUGCCUACCGCGAGGUUCACCCAGACCCUGCCGCCGACCCUGCCAACACUUGGUCCCCUAUCUAUCUUGUCAAUGAUGAUUACGAUGGCCGUGAUGAGCCCAUGGACCGAAUUGAUUUUGUCUACUAUAAAGGAAGCCUGUCUCCCGAGAAGUCCGAGACUUACAUGAUUGGUGAGCCGAAGGCCCAGCCGGACCAUUCUGGAAAUGAAUGGCCCACCGAUCACAAGGGUGUCCUUGUCACGUUCAAGAUCGGGGUCUAA